GAACAUCAUAGCGUUCACGUCCAUUUUUACGUGCACAUCCCCAUUUUCCAUUCUUUUCAUAAAUGCCUCUUAAACCAAAUAAUUCAUCCGUUUUAAACAAUUGUUAAUAGCUAGAUUGUUUAUAAUAAAAUUUAAUAAAAUGGCUGAUAUGAGUCUCGACGAUAUAAUUAAGAAGAAAAAGCCACAGGGAAAGAUGGGACUGAAAGGACGAGGCGGUAUUCGCAAAGCUCCAGCACGCACCAACGUCCGGCCAACCCAGCCACCGCGUAGAACAAAGCCAAUAACAGACGCUCGUUUCAAAAUAAUCCAAAAGAACCGAGAGAAGCUGACGGACGCUCGAGACAAACUAGCUCAAAUAGCGAAGCAAUCAGACGCUCGUCUGAAGCUGGAAAAACUCCGAGCAACCCACAAGCCCCCAUCAUUGGCCACAAUCUCCCGAAAGACUGGUCGCAAUGGAAAAAUUUCGCUCUCCACCAACAGAAUUCCCCCCUUGGUUCCCUCUUACGACUCGCAACUCCCGUAUAAUGUUCCCCCAAGGAUCGUUGGAUACAGAGGGAGCCUUGGAGAGCCCUCCUACAUGGAGAACAUGUCCAUGGACUACCAAGACGACAGUUACAUGGUCGAGGCGCCUUUGAGACGAACUGUGAGCAACGAAUAUGCACCUGGACCACCUCCACCCCCUCCAGUAUUUGGUAUCAAGCCUUCUGCUGGUUAUUCGUGGCCAAAGAGUGCACAGAGGCCAACGAUAAUCAGAAAAACUGAGGUGGAACGACCCAGAGAAUACAAAAUUAUUCCUAGGAUCCCAAUGGGACAGAAAAUCGAUAGUUAUCGGGACGACUGGGGAUUUGGGGGCAAGACGAGAACGAUUUUGGCUGAUGAACACGAAGAGAAAUACUUCGAUGUCAGGAGUCAUAGGGAUGUUGGGGUCAAGUCGAGGCUGGAGGGCAGUGGGACGAAACCCAGGGCCUUGGGCGUCCUGGGGAGGGCCAAGAGCAGCUCCUCUGGAGGCUCUAGCCAGCCCACGGGGUACAGGAUCGUCGUGUCGAAUCUGCAGGCUAAUGUCACUCAGGAGGACAUCAAGGAGCUGUUUGAGGAUGUUGGAGAAUUGCUGGUGUCGAGGCUAGUCAGGCCUGGAACUGCUGAGGUCAUUUAUAAGACACUGAAGGAUGCCACCAAGGCCGUGGAGACGUACCAUAACAGGCAGCUGGAUGGACAUCCUAUGAAGUGUCUGCUGGUUAAUCCUAGACCGAAGAAUAAUCCCACGGCUCCGGCUGUCAGACCGCUGACUGAAUCCAGAAGAACAGCAAGCUCCAGUUACGUGCAACCAAGCUUGGGUGCAGUCCAUCGGGCUCUUUUCGAUGACUGCCACAACUGAAUAAUGAUUAUUAUCAUCAUCCACUUUUUUCAACACCUCAUGAUCAAUUAUUAUCACCCACUUAUCUGAAUUAUCAUUUCAAAACGGAGAAUGAGGCAAAUUGAAGAUCGUUGAGAGUCAACGAAACGCCAGGAGUCUAAAAAUUUAUUUAGAAGAGGCUAAAUGAAAAGACAAUUUGCAAAUAAGUUGAUAUGAACUGCCGGAAAGAGGAGAAUUAGACAAAAGAAAUAUCUAAACUGACUUAAUUACGAGGAUACAGAAUUUUCUUCAUGAAUUCCAACGAGAGAGACAUUAAUCUUGUUUCAACACCUUACGACUCAGUUAUCAUUUUCGUAGGUGAAAAAACUGUUGAAUUCAUAAUAUUUUGGUAUGAAGAAGAUGCUCAUGAUGAAAAUCUCAAAAAAAAUUUCCUGAAUAAAGAAAUUACAUUUUUAAUUAAUUUCCAUUGGAAUUGAUUGAUGACACAUUUUUCAAGAAUAAACGUUGUGACGUGCGAGGCGUUCAUCUUCUCCCUUAA